ACUACCCCCUCCUGAUCCCUCUGUGCAGCCAAGGGGGAGAUGUUGGGCUGCUUCGGGUUGACGGAGCCCAACCACGGCAGCGACCCUGGGAGCAUGGAGACGAGAGCGCGCUACGACAAAGCCACCAAGAGCUACCGCCUGCGGGGCACCAAGACCUGGAUCACCAACGCCCCCGUGGCUGAGCUGUGCGUGGUGUGGGCCGUGUGCGAGGAGGACCGGCAGAUCCGGGGUUUCCUGCUGGAGCGCGGCAUGGCGGGGCUCAGCACCCCUAAAAUCGAGGGCAAGUUCUCGCUGCGAGCCUCCGCUACCGGCAUGAUCGUGAUGGAUGAUGUGGAAGUGCCGGAAGAGAACGUGCUGCCCGGCAUCAAGGGGCUGGGGGGUCCCUUCAGCUGCUUGACCCACGCUCGCUAUGGCAUCGCAUGGGGCGCGCUGGGUGCUGCGGAAACGUGCCUGGAGACGGCUCGGCAGUACACCAUGGACAGGAAGCAGUUCGGGGUGCCCUUGGCCCGUAAUCAGCUGGUGCAGAAGAAGCUGGCGGACAUGAUGACGGAGAUCGCGCUGGGGCUGCAUGCCUGCCUGCGGCUGGGCCGCCUCAAAGACGAGGGCAGGUGAG